AUGUCCACUCGCGGGCAAUUCAACACCAAGAACCCCACUAUCAAGCGCAUACUGAAAGAAGCUUCGGAGCUUUCUCUAUCGCCCUCUCCAGAUUACCAUGCCGAGCCGCUGGAAACCAACCUCUUCGAGUGGCACUUUACAAUCUGCGGCCCGCCGGAACCGUCACCCUACGCAGGCGGCAUAUACCACGGUCGCAUCAUUCUCCCCUCUUCGUACCCGCUGCGACCGCCAUCAUUCCGCUUCCUGACCCCCACUGGCCGCUUCGAAGUCAACCGCGAGAUCUGCCUCAGCAUAUCGGGCCAUCACGAAGAGACAUGGCAGCCCGCCUGGGGUGUCCGCACAGCUCUCGUCGCGUUGAGAAGCUUCAUGGACACGGAUGCGAAGGGCCAGCUCGGCGGCAUCGAGUGCAGCAAGGAAGCCCGCCAGCGCAUGGCAAAAGAGAGUGGGGCGUGGAAGUGCGCGGGGUGCGCAAAGAGCAAUGCCGAGAUUAUCGAAGAGAGGGCUGCGCUUGUCAAGGAGAUUGAGGAAAAAGAAGGGAAGAGAAAGGAAGAAGAAGUGCCUGAGGAGUUGAGACUAGCGUAUCGAGAUGAGCUGGGCAAAGGUGGGGAUGGCGAUAGUAAGGUGGAUAAGGGCAAAGGGCGCGCAAUCGAGAGUGCGACUGAUACGGCGUCGGCUAGCAAAGAAACAGCGACCGCAUCGUCAGGAGUUGGUGCAACUCCGGUAACGGCUCCAAGUACGAGUCCUGUUCAAGCUGCACGUAGCGUGCCUGUGAUAAGACCUACGAGAACCACACCUGCACAAUCGCCACUCCAGCAGGUUACGCAAACGAGUCCUGACCUUGCUUGGAUUGACACAUGCAUUUAUGGCUUGGUGGCUGCCUUGCUGUUCAUGGUGGUCAGGAAGUUUAUCUAA